AUGAAUAAGGGCAUAGCAAAUUUGAUAUGCAAAGUAUACGGCGAUACCAGACCAAAACUUGCAUUACAAGAAAUUAAUGUGGGAAACACCAUACCUAUAAACAGCAAUAAUAAAACUAUAUUUCAUUUAAUAACAAAAGUAUUACACUAUCAUAAGCCCAAAUAUGAAGAUCUAAAAUCUUCAAUUCACAACCUAAAACUUGAAGCCAUAAAACUAAAUAUUUCAAAAAUUGCAAUGCCUACGUUAGCGUCGGGUUUAGACAAACUAAAUUGGUCCGUUGUAAAACAAUUAUUAUAUUCAGAAUUUCAAAACACUAACAUCGAAAUACAUAUAUACCAUAAAAAUGACAAAAACACAUCACAAAAUUGGAAAUCAAAAGAACACUCUGAUAUAAUAAGUAAUAUUCAUAAUUUUCUCGACAAUAGUAAUGAUAAAAACGAAACAAAAAUAAAAGUCACACAACCCGAAUACAACGAUCAAGCCUAUAACAUAUUCUCUACUUUCAAACCAGGAGAAAACGUACUCAGUGAUGGGAAUUGUGGGAUAUACGCCGUCUGCAAUGCUUUAAAUGACCAUAAAAUUAAUAAAAUAACUUCAAUAUUAGAGAUACUACAAUUAUUAGAUCUAAACGAACUACCAGAUUAUUGGUGGUCAGAUGAGGAUUUAGCCGCGAUUGCACAUUAUUACGAUCAUGAUACUUACAUAUACAAUGACGACGAUAAUACGGGUAUAAUAUAUGGUUAUGGAAAUAGGUCACCCAUAGUGUUAUAUAACAUUAAUAAAAAUACUCAUUGGAUACCAGGCACUUUAACAACAACAAAAUGCAAUAAAAUUCCUAAAAAUAUAAUCCACAUACAAGAAAUGCCGACACUCAUCUCACUAAAUAGAAAUAUAAAAUUUAAAAAAAUAACAAACGAUAGUAAAAACACAAUAAAUAAUAUAAAUAAAAUACAAAUAGUCCCGACUCAUAAUUAUACAAAAAUAAAUAAAGAACUAACAGACUCCUCCAACACACACACACAAAAAUCAUUCCCUAAAGUCGAAAGGAUAGACUAUACAAACUUAAAUACAAAACAAUCUUUAACAGAUUCUGAGGGCACACCCUUUUCUAUUUCCCCAAAAUUAAGUAUCACACAACACAACCAAGUUAUUCAACUAUUAACUGAAUAUAAUCACAUUUUUACUACAGACACCUCCAAUAUAAAAGCCGCUAAUAUUAAACCUUGCGAGAUCAAAAUGAAGCCGAAUUAUAAAGAACCAAAAUUUAAUGCACCCCAUAGAGUAUCACCACAACAGCGUCAAGAAUUAGAAAGUCAAAUUGACAAACUUUUAAAAGCAAACAUCGUCAAACCAGUAGUUUCAAAAUUUGCCGCCCCAGCUUUCCUUGUAAAGAAAAAAGAGAUAGGCUCAUAUCGUUUAGUAGUAUCCUACAAAGAACUUAAUGACAGAGUAGAAUGCGAUCAAUAUCCAUUACCUCGUACUGCAGAUUUAUUCAGAGCUUUAGAAGGAUCAAAAUACUUCAGUUCUUUAGAUUUAAAUAGUGGUUAUUUUCAAAUUUCUGUUGAAGAGAAAGACCAGUUCAAACUUGCAUUCACUUCUGUAUUAGGCUUAUUAACUUUUACGAGACUUCCACAAGGCUUCAAAAAUAGUAGUGCUAUAUUCCAGAGAGAAUUAAAUAAAUCAUUUUCACAAAUUUUAUACAAAUCUAUUAUAAUUUACAUUGAUGAUUUAGUAUCCUAUGGCAGUAACUUUGAUCAGGCGAUAAUUAACUUACGCGUAGCAUUUGAAAUCAUUGACAAAACGAAUUUUUCAUUGAAAACAAAAAAAUGUAAUUUUUUUUACGAUAAAAUUGAGUUAUUAGGACAUGAAAUUUCAACAAUUGGUAUACGACCGUUAAACAGAAAUACAAAAGCAAUCACUGAAUUUAAUAGACCAAAAACAAUAAAAGACGUUAGAUCAUUUAUCGGCAUGUGUUCAUACUAUAGGAAACAUAUUAAAGAAUUUGCUAAAAUUGCACACCCACUUACCGAACUAAUAAAAAUUGGUAAAAAUAAAAUAAUUUGGCUUGACGAACACGAAGAAACGUUUAAUAAAUUAAAACAUUAUUUAACUUCAAAGCCCCUCUUACUACAUUUUAACGAUGACAAACACGUAUAUUUGACAAUAGACGCGUCUAUAUUGGGAUUAGGAGCAUGUAUUGAACAGUCCGAUGACACAAACACAUUACGCCCUGUAGGAUAUGCAUCUAGAAAGUUAUUAGAUUCAGAAAAGACUUACUCUUCCACCACCCUCGAGUUACUUGGUUUAUGUUUUGGUGUCCAAUAUUUUCGAGAGUACUUAUGGGGACGCAAAUUUACAGUAUUUUGUGACAACAUAAGCUUACAAUAUUAUAACAACCUAAAAAUACCCUCCGCUAGGAUAGCUAGGCUAACAUUAAAAUUAUUGGAUUUCGACUUCGAUAUUAAAUACAUAAAAGGCAAAGAAAACAAAGUCGCUGACUCGCUAUCAAGAAAUGCAAUUAGCAAUAUUAAAAUUAUGAAUAUCAUUAAUGACGACAACGACGCAUUGAAUAACUUAUACGAUAUUAAAACACAACAAAAAAAUGACCAAUUUUGCAAUGACAUAAUAAAAGCACUGUCAAAUAUAGACGUACCCACUAACAUAAGACGAAAAUCUAGACAAUUUACAUUACAAAAUGAAAUAUUAUAUUAUAAAAGAUACACACCACCAAAAAGUUAUAACCCAAUUCUUGUAAUACCAAAAACAUUGAUUAAUGAAAUAUUAAAAUCCUAUCACGAUUCACCCACAGGUGGACAUACAGGCAUAUCACGAACUAUUCACAAAAUUCAAAACAAAUAUUAUUGGCCUUCAUUACACAAAGACACCACUAAUUUUAUUAAAUCUUGUGAUGAAUGUCAAGUCAAUAAAAAAAUGAGCGGUAAACCAAUAGGUUUAUUACAUCCCAUACCAAUAACGACAGGAAGACCACUAGAUAGGAUAACAUUUGACUACCUAGGCCCCCUAGUAUCAAGCAACAAAAAACGAUACAUUUUAGUAGCCGCAUGCAACACCACAAAAUACAUAUUUACUAAAGCAGUUGAAUCGGCCACGGCCGAAGCAACUGCCAAAUUUUUAAUAGAAAUAGUAUCACAUUGGGGCUGUUUUAGAAACUUUUCGUCCGACCGAGGCACUCAUUUCAGAAAUAAAUUAAUCACUGAUAUAUGUUCAAACUUAGGAAUAAAUCAAACUUUGUCAACGAGUUAUUCACCGCAGACACAGGGGCUAGUUGAAAAAAUUAAUGGUGUACUAACAGGCUCCUUAAAAAACUAUUUAACAAAUGGUGAUCAAACAAAAUGGUCAUAUUUUUUGCCAUACAUAACAUUAGCAUACAAUUCCACACCCCAAACUACCACCAAGUUUAGCCCGUUUUAUCUAAUGCACGGUUUUGAACCAAUAUUUCCCAUAGAUAACAAAAUUAUUCCCGAAAACGUACCAUAUUAUUUAAAACAAUCAUUAAUAGAACUAAAUAAAAUAAGGAAUAAAAUACCACAGCAAAUUCAUAAAGCUCAAAUAGUUCAAAAAAAAUACCACGAUAAAACACAUACAGCAAUAAAUUAUAACAUUAAUGACUUAGUUAUGAUUAGUUUUCCAUUCCUCGAAGUGGGAAAGUCUCCCAAACUAGGACCCAUGUACAGAGGACCAUUUAAAAUAGUAGACAAAAUCAACGAUUUAAAUUAUAAAAUAAAAAUGACAUUAAACAACAAAGAAACCGUCGACACUAUACACGUACGGAGGUUAAAACCAUACUACAAAAGGGUCUAA